UUCUUUCUCUCUGUCUUGUUUCAGUUGUGUCUUUGGUCACUGCUCUCAAACCUAGUUCCACAUUUUCACUCAUCAAGUCUCAAUCUUUAAGCUCAUAUUUCUCUUCAUUCACAUCACUUCCCUGAUCUGCCUCCUCACUCUCUUUGACUCAGAUCAUUAUUUUGACCACUUUUUCUUCUCUGUUAUGCCUUCCUUCAACCCAUUCACAGAAAAAUCACUUCUUUCAUUUCUCUUUAUUUUCCUUAUCUGAUUUCGUAAAAUGGGUCCUCUUUCAUAUGCAGAAACUUGAUUCAACACACCAGAUUUCUUAAGAGAUAUAUAGUACAUUUUGUCAACAAGGUCCUUUGAUUAUGGGUAGAGGCAGAGGAAAAGGUAAGAAACAAUCUGUUAUUGCUGAGGAUCCUGGAAGUGGCGAAGAGGAUAAAGUCCCAGCUUACAGAAGAAGAGGAAGACCAGUAAAGCCACUGAUGGAUGAAAUUGAUGAAGUGGAAGCAACUGAAAUAAUAGAGAAAGAUGAGGAGAAUGUGAAAGGUAAUGUUUCCAGCAAUGAUUUGAAAACUCAGGUUAUCACAGUCAAUAAAAGAAAAAGGAAGAGGUCUGCACAGGUUAAAGAGAAGAAAGAUCCCAUGAAAGAGGACAAUGGCAUUCGAGCAAAGCCAAGCCCUGAUGAUCCAGUAAAGUCUACUGGAUUCCGACAGAAUGGGAGCAGGCGUAAAAACAAGCCUCGCCGAGCUGCUGAAGCUGGGGUAGAUUGCAAGUGAGCGAGGUUAUCAUGAUGGUUGUAAGCCCUUGGAAUUGCUGGACUUCUGUUAUCACCAAGACGGGUUCAUUUGAUUGUA